CCCCUUCCACCGCGGCUCCCUCGCCCUCGCACACACUCACACACACACCCCGUCCUGUUGAGCUAUGGGCAGGCUAAGCAGUGGGUCACUGUGGUGGGAAAAGCCAAGUGAUUAAACAAUGGUACACAGCGGUGGGGGAACAGCACACAGAGAGACGACAAAGAAAAGAAGGAAACAGUGAACCGGCGGAGUAAAGGCAGCGAUUUAAAACGUACGUGAAGACGGGAGAAGAAGGACAUACUCAGACAGUUAGGACAAGGGAGGGGGGUUCACACGAUUGUUGGAAGGGGACAGAUCAAUUGGAGUCACUGCUUGGCUAAGACUGGACCAAGAGGCCGUCGUCAGGUGUCCACACUGACCCGGAGUUACAGAGGGCCACUAGCUGACGUCGCUAGUGAGGGGUGUGCGUGUGUGUGUGCGUGUAUGUGGUUGUGUGUGUCUGCACCAGGCAGGCCGCAGCAUGGCUCUGCCCGUGGACCUGAGCUCCCUGCGGGGCUUCCAGGGGGCAGAGAGGGAGGCAGCCCUGGGUACGCUGGAGAAGCAACUGCUGUGUCCCAUCUGCCUGGAGAUCUUCACCAAGCCCGUGGUCAUCCUGCCCUGCCAACACAACCUCUGCCGGAGGUGUGCUAACGAGCUGUACCAGCCAUCCCUGUACCAGGCUCGGACCACCAUGUCGGUCAACAGCGGUCGCUUCCGCUGUCCCACCUGCAGACAGGAAGUGGUGCUGGACCGCCACGGCGUGUACGGCCUGCAGCGCAACCUGCUGGUGGAGAACAUUAUCGACGUCUACAAACAAGAGCUCACCACCACCACGACCACCACCAGCCCCGCCCCUGCAGCCAGGCCCGUGGGGGGGGGGACAUGUGCAGACCAUGAGGGCGAGAAGCUGAACAUCUACUGCCUUACCUGCCAGAAACCCACCUGCUCUCUCUGCAAGGUGUUUGGAUCUCACCGGCUCUGCAAUGUGGCUCCGCUGACUGACAUCCACCUGCAGAAGAAGGGUGAGUUGGAGCAGGAGCUGUCCUCUCUGAUGGCCAAAAACGACCAGGUCCAGGCCUUUAUCAAUGAACUGGAGCUCACCUGGAGGAACGUAGAGGACAACAGUAAGAGCCAUAAGCAGAGUGUGUCUGAUCAGUUUAACGCCCUUCUCUCUAUCCUGGAGGAAAGACGAAAGGUAAUGACCCAGCGAAUCAGCUCCGAGGCGGAGGAGAAAACAGGCCACGCCCGGUCGCUUAUUCAACGCUACGGAGACAGCAUUGAAGCAAACAGCCAACUCUUGGAGACCGCCUCAAAGACCAUGGAAGAGCCAGAUCUAGCUGCUUUUGUCCAGACCUCAGGAGAAUUGAUCACAAAAGUGAGGGCUGCGACCAGUUCCAGCUCCUCAAAGAAGUUUGAACCAGAUGGCAAAAACAUAAAUCAUUACAGGUUUGACUUCAGCAGACAGGAAAAAGCACUACGCAGUGUCGACUUCAUCAGAGUUGAAAAGGAAAUUCCUACACUGCUACAACCAGAGCAAGAACAUCUCCCUGUAGACCUAAAACCAGAAGAAACCUUCCCUGAAAAGCCACAACCAGCAAAAGCAAACUAUCUUGAAGAGCGAAAAGAAUCGAAGCUCGAAGCUUCAGCUGAAAUCUUGCAACCCAAAAACCAACGGCAGUUCACCCAGAUACCCAAACAAGAGUCGGUCGUGCAAAACAUUGAUUGUGUUUACAAUCAAGUGUUGGAGCCAAUUCUGGCAUUUAUCCCACCACUAACACCAACUCAGCCCGUUUUAGCCACAACUGACCCUGUUUCCCUGGUACUGGGUGCUGUGGUGGCUUCCUAUGAACCUACACAGCUGUUACCAGAACAGCAAAUGGACAACCGAGCUCGAAAGGAUCAGACGGUGCUGAGAGAGAGGGGGAAGGAAAGAGCAGAAAAGUCAAGAGAGGAGGAGACACAAGAGGAGAGUAAACAGGUGACAGGCUUCAAAGCUCCAGACUCCAUCAAGGAAAUCCAGUGUGAAGACCAGGAUGGAAUAAACACACAGCAGGCUGUCAUCAUACUCUUUUAUCUGUUGGCCUUCCUGCUCAUCCUGCAAAGAGUAUGCUGCUUCAUGUUUACAUAACCCCACGCCAGGAGACUCAUCCACCGACGGUGUCGCCCAGCCAAGGCGAGGACUGAGGCUGGGACUCCUGCUCAGGCUGUUCCUCCCAUCUCCUACUCUUCCUCUUCCAUGCCGAAUGAGCCUCCUCACAUACUUGCUCUCACCUUCCCCUGACUGAAGCCAGCCACUCUGCAAGAGGAUGUAGGGCUAUGACUGGAGCUGAUCUGUGUUCAAUAGGGCUGUGCAUGGGCAAGGGUACAGUCCGAUGAUAUGAUGAUGAUGUAUCACAACACUGCAUAUGGGGUAUCAUUUAAUUUCCAACAAAUGUAAUACCAUUAUGCUACUUUAAGCUUUGCUGCCAUGAAUUCGGAAGUCACUUUAAUCUAAACAAUUGUUUAAAGAAGUAGUCAGUAAUUUCACAUUAAAAAAACCAUAACCAUAAGAUGGAUAGGGGAAUUUAUGGAUAUUUUGAAAAUAUUUCCGGUUAGCUUCCGAAAUUAAAGCUUCCGCUGUUAAUUAAUUGAGUUUUUUGGGAAACUUAGAACAAUUCAUUAAACAAAUCAUGAAGCUGUGUUCACUUCUAGUCUGAAAUACAAUCAGAUUGGAAUUUCUUUUGAAGACACAUAAUAUAUAACUGGCCAGCAUAUGGAUUUUUAUCUCAAAUGUGAUUGCGAUUGUCUGUUUGAUUUCAAACAAGUGACCACUGACUUGACUGUGAUGUUGGCAUAUACUGUUUAGCAUGUUGAUAUUGUAUCCAACUAAGAUACAUGAAUCACCAAAGUAAAUAAAAUCAAAUAGAAUCACCCAUAGAAA